AUGGACUCGCGAAGUAUUGACUUCGCAAAGACAGCUUCAAUCGACCUGAUGACGCUCAAUAAUAAGGUGGUGAACAUGAGGCAGGUUGUGAAGAGAGCCAAGGUGCACGUGAUUAGCAAAUUGUGCAGACAUAUUCACAAACUCAAGAUGAAACAAGGAACAGAGGAACACAAAGCCAAAAACCUCCGCAAGGCUGAGAGACUGAUAGAAGAAAUUGAUUCUAUGAAGGUAAGAUUCUAUGCCA